UAGGUUUGUUUUGGGGAAAAGCCGGUGCCUCCAAUCUGAGUGAGACGAUGGAAAACGAAUACAGAGAUUGGUCACAACUUGUUCCUGAGAUCUUGGAUUUGAUAGCAUCACGCUUGAGUCUUGCUGAUUAUUACAGGUUUGGAUCGGUUUGCACUACAUGGAGGCAUUCAAGAUCUUCUUAUCGUCAUCCCAUUCCAUGGUUACUGUAUUCCAGGUUUCGAACAUCCAAAAGCAGAGGCUUCUAUUGCCUCCAGAACAAAAGAUUCUACCAAAUCCCCAUGCCAGAAGCUUUUCGCCAAGGUUGGUGGUCUGGAUCCUCUCAUGGUUGGCUGAUUAUGUUUAACCAGAAGAACUACAGUGACUCUUUAUUCAACCCUUUCACUGGAAAUACGAUCCCACUGCCAAACAACCACCAUAACCUGAACCACGGCGACCUGUUCAACUUUUCUGUAUGGAAGAAGAGAUUUACAUCUUGCAUCAAAGCUAUUUUAUCAUCGGAGCCCACUCUGGCAAACAUAGCUGCUGGUCGGUGUGUGGUUGCUGCAAUUGUCAUCCGGGAUGAGGUUUCUGCAGCUGCUUGGUGGGAUGAUGGUGAUAACCAUGAUGAUCAUCUUCUAGCUCGGUGGGAUGAUGAUGGCAACCAUGAUUAUCAUCUCCUAGUGUUUUGCCGUCCAGGAGAUGAAAACUGGACACCGUGUGUGAUUCCAAAUGAUUUUGAUUUGGAAAUUGCCAACAUAAUUUUCAGUGACGGAAAGUUAUAUGGCAUCACCCGAUUCCUUCACCUCUAUGUUUUCGACAUCAACGAUAAGGCUAUUUCUUGGAGAAAAUUGCUAACACAUCCACCUAGUACUAUAACUUCGAAAGAAAAAGCUUUUCAUAACCCCUUAUACAUGGUGGAAUCAAGAGGAGAACUUCUAUUGAUUAUUAGGGUAAUGUCAUUGCAACUACGUCCUGGACCUUCACGUCGCUACACAAAGUCAUUCUCAAUAUUUAAGCUGGACUCAAGGACUGAUCCCGCAAGUUGGGUUAGAGUAGAAGACAUCCAUGGUCGGGUCUUGUUUGUUGGUAGAGAUCAACCGCAAUUAAUUGAAUUGUCUGGCUUCCAUGAAUGGUCUGGUUUCGAAAGCAAUUGCAUCUAUUACGUUGAUGAUGAUUACGACGACGCUGAGAAUUCAAGCCCUGAGAUUGGCGUGUUUAGAUUAGAUGGACGACUACGACUGCUUCCGAGGGGUAUUUCUAUCAUACCAUUUUUUGGUUAUCCGUGUCUCUUUCCAUCUAUUUGGUUUACUCCGAAUCCAUAGUAAACAUACAAAAAACCCCAUAAAUUAUUUUUCAUUUUUCAUACCAGUCAAUUUUCCUUUCUUCAUUUUCUAUUAUAAGUCGGUUUAUGUAAAUUGCAACAAAUCCUCGUUUUAACUUUUUUAA